AUGGACGAGUAUCCCUAUAAUUUAGGGUCGUUCAAGAGGUCGAUCACCACAUCCAGCCCUGCCGCGCAGACCUGGUUUGAUCGUGGCCUGACAUGGGCAUAUUCCUUCAACCACAAGGAAUCAGCCGCGUGUUUCAAGCAGGCCCUCGUGCAUGACGAGACUUGUAUGAUGGCCUACUGGGGUCUGGCCUAUUCCCUUGGUCCCAACUACAAUCAACCAUGGGAUUUCCUCGGCAAUGAGUUGAAAUCCGUCGUGGAAAACACAUACCGAGCUGCAUGCAGGGCAAAGCAGCUCGCUGCCAAUGCGUCGCCUGUGGAGCAGGCUCUCGCAAAGGCAAUCGCCGCUCGCUAUCAAAGUGACCAACCAGCCAAUAUGGAACAACUAGCUGCUCAGAAUGUCGCAUACGCGGAUGCAAUGCAAGAAGCAUAUGAAAGCUUCCCAGAUGAUUUGGAUGUGGCAACUCUCUAUGCCGAUGCAAUGAUCAGCCUGACACCCUGGAAACUGUGGGACUUGGUCACAGGCAAACCAAAUCCAGGAACACGCACCAUGGAAGCAAAAAGGGUGCUUGAAAAAGCCCUCGAACAGAAAGGUGCCCUAAAACACCCUGGCCUUCUACACAUGUACAUCCACCUCGUGGAAAUGUCACCAUUCCCAGAGCUCGGCCUCCGACCCGCAGACUACCUCCGCGACCUCGUCCCAGACGCCGGGCACAUCCAACACAUGCCCUCCCAUCUAGACGUCCUAGUCGGAGAUUACCGCAGCGCCGUACGAGCCAACCAGCGCGCCGCAAUCUCCGACGAAAAAUGGCUCUCAAUCGAAGGACCCUUUAACUUCUACUCAGUAUACCGUCUACAUACUUACCACUCACUGAUCUAUGCAGCCAUGUUCGCCGGCCAAAAACAGGCCGCCUUUGACGCCGUGGAUCGCAUGGAAGCGACCCUACCGUAUAAACUGCUCUCGGCCAUGUCAGACUACAUUGAGGUUUUCAUGUCUGUGCGCGCCCACGUCAUGAUUCGUUUCGGCAUGUGGGAGGAAAUCAUUGAGAUGCAGAUUCCCACCGACCCUGAAAUAUAUUGCAUGACAAUAGCCAUAACGCACUACGCCAAGGGCGUGGCAUAUGCGGCUACUGGACGGGUUCCAGAGGCAUUACAUCAACGCGAAUUAUACCGGGCAGCAAGGGCGCGGGUCCCGGAUACCCGCUUGGACUGGCCUAACAAGUGCAUUGAGAUUCUUGGGGUGGCGUCGGAAAUGUUGGAUGGCGAGAUUGAAUACCGGCGCGGGGAUUACAAGGAGGCAUUUGAGGCUCUGCGCCGUUCAAUUGAGUUGGAUGAUGGGUUGGGGUACAGUGAGCCUUGGAGCUGGAUGCAGCCGACUCGCCAUGCUUAUGCUGCGCUUUUACUGGAGCAAGGGCAUGUGGAGGAUGCGGCGGCUGUUUACCGGGCGGAUUUGGGUCUUGAUAGUACGCUUAUUCGGGCACGGCGGCAUCCGAACAAUGUAUGGGCUUUGCAGGGCUAUCAUGAAUGCUUGGUGCGUCUUGGGAAGACUGAUGAGGCGAGUGUUAUUCAGCCGCAGUUGGCUAUUGCGGCUGCUGUUGCUGAUGUUCCUGUGACUUCGUCUUGUUUCUGUCGGCUGGAUACCUUUGAAAUGCCUAAUGUUGGGAAUGGAUGCUGUCAAUGA